AAAUAGGGGGAGUCGGGACCGUCACAGCAGCAUAUGCAUUGCUAUAUUUCGCUGUAUAAACAGCUUCCUGAAUGUCCACUUGUAUAAGUCGUAGGAUUGUAUACCUCCGUAUCACGCAUAAGUAUUCGCAUGUUUUGUACAAACACUCAAGCAUGAAGCACUAUGCAUUAUUGCUCUUGGCUUGCAAGAACUAAGCUUGGUUCAUAUUUUAAAAUGUUAGUUGUUCGCUCUAGAAUAUUGAAUAGCUCUUAAAUAUUGAACCCUUUUCAAAAAAUAAACCAAUUGUGAGUAGCGUUUCCUCGUCGUCGUGUCGUCUUUUCACCGUGUGUUCGUCCUUUUUAGCGCUACCAUCAGUUUUAAAGAAUCGCUGUAGAAGCUUGUGCAUGACCAUAUAUGGAAAAGUUACAGAUUAACAACCGUCAAAACCCCGAAGCUAGACUAGCCCGUGCGCUAUAACAACAACCGCGGGACUGGGAAUUAAGCCAGGGUUUUUUCGGGAGGACAACGAACUAGAAGACCGCAAUAUUAAUUAAGGAAAUUAAAAAAAAUAAGAAAAAAACGCAGGAACAAGAAAGAAAGGAAGGGAAGCAGGAAGAAAAGAUGUGUUUGAGGAUGGUAACUGGGCGCAUCCAACGCAGCGUAGGUCGACAGUCAAUCGUGCUUCAAGCGCCGGACGCUUCACAAUUAAAAUAUUUCGAGGAUUCACGAUCGAAACACCAUGUAGCUUACCAAAAGUGAAAUAAUGCAGAAAAGAGCAAGCAAGUUGUGACUGCAAAUGUGUGCCAAGCAUAAAAGUUGUCUUCACUUUUGUGUCCAGCUGCAUCAGUGUACACGUGCAGCGCCCUAAAAAGUGUUCACUGCCAACUUUCAAAGGAGUAAUUUCACGACGUGGCAAUUCCACUUCCACAGAAUAAUUGCAUUUUCCCUAUUAUUAUUAGCUAUUGUCGCUGUUGUCAAUUGAGAUAAACUUAAAUGUAUAAGAAAAUCAUGGGGUAUAUACAAUGCCAUAUAUACAGAGUGACCCGUUAUGCAAUAUGAUACGAAUACCGAAUUUAGAAAAAAAAAAACAAAAAUUCAUCUCGCUUUUAUUACACCCACUCACCUUGCCGUUUUAAUCUAUCUUGCAUGUAAUUCUCGGAAACUUCCCGUUCGUCGUGCAAAAUUAACUUUUGACGCAGAUGUAACGAAAGUCUGCAUUAAAAAAGAAAGAUUAAGAAAGUGCAGCCAACAUUUCCUAACCUUAUAACGGCAUCAUGGUGGCUCAUUUAGUGUGGACACCUGUUUCACAUUAUUUAGCACGCGUUUUGAAUGAAAAGGCUCUAUUGUGCGUCCCGCAAACAGCUACACUAGCACGAAAGCAGUGUGGCACUUUCGUAUGUUCGCGCCUUAGAUCACAUGACAUUGGGUAAUGUCGUCAAUAGGACGUCACAUCUCAAGCACGUGGUAUAACGUGAACACGUGGAGAUUGCUACUCUCUCAGUGACAGUUCGCUUGGUUCGCCCGUGCCUCCUAGCUUGCCGCCACUGACCUGAGCUGCGUGACAAUGUUUGCGUUCGUGCAAUACGAAUUCGAUGGCAAGACGGCUGUCGUCAAGCACUGCGCCAUAAGCGACUUCAAGCCCAAGAACGUUGCCGAUUUCCAGCCAACCAAAUCUUACAGCGUUUACUGGCCUGGAGACGACAACACAGACGGCGACUUCUAUGAAGCGCGAAUCCUGCAUCUCGCUGAAUCGAUGGAGGAGAUGCAGGCCUACAUGGAGAAGCGCCCCAGGAAGGUGUUGGUGGACUUGCCAAAAGGGCGAAAAAGGAGCAAAGAAAAGGUGGAGCAGUCCCAAAAGAAGUUAAGGACUCAAGUACGCGAGAGGUCGGAGCUGCAGCUGGCGGACGAAGUCCUGCAGGACGAUGAGUCUGACUUUGUCCCGAGGAGUGCAUAUGCAGCUUUACAGCUGCAGCUGCAAGCUGUGCAAAAUGAGCUGGACAGCUUGCGCGCCCAGUUCACUGAAAAUGCUCAAGUAGUCUCCUCGGCACAGCAGGUUCCUGAGGAUCAAGGCAGUGCCUUGCCAAGAGGCACUUGCAUAUGUGCCGAGGAGCACUACAAGGAGCUGAAUGAAGAAGUGCGGCAGCUUCGUGCCAGGAACAUGGAGCUGCAAAAGACACUCUGUUACAAGCUUUUUCAAAGUGAAAGCAGAGUUGUCUAUGCCACAUCGUUCGAUGUGUCAGUACGGGCGCAGCCGGACCCUGUCACCCCUUCGAACAUUGGAGGCUUUGUCCUGAAACAGCUUGACUGA